CUUUGUAGUGAAAAGCAUAAGAUAUAUAAUAUUGUAAAUCUAAGCAAUUUAAUACAUAUUAAUAAUAUUUGUACCUAUCUAAACCAAGUGAAAUGAUGAUGGAUAAUGACGAUGAAUUAUCACAAUCCAGUUUAUUAAGCCCCAAACUUUGUGAUUUAAUGCUCAACUUUAACGGAUCCCAAGAGGAUAACAGUCCUCAAAUCCACGCAUUUACUGAUGAACAUGAUGAUAAAAAUAUUGAGGACUCAAAUUUUUCCCCUCUAAUUGAUGUCCAAAAAAAUGACGCAACCUCGAAUAGACUGCCACUUGAUGGUUCUGAUUACAGCGAAUUGUUGAUAAAAAUUUCUCAUGUGAAAGACGAUUCUCGAAAAGGUAGCAAUUCAAUGAACUUCCGUGAUGGAGGUACCAGUAAAAUGCACAGAAUGACUCAACAUCAUCUUAACAAUACGUUCAGUGACCAAACCCAACACGAUCAUCAUAUCUCGGCUUCAUUCUCUAAUUACGCAUAUACAACGUUUAAGAAGGGAAAUGUCGUCCGGGGAAUUCUUUGCCCUUCUCUGACAAAUUCUUUCCGAGCGGCAUCUUUAGAACGAAGCUACUUAACAUAUUCACAUCGUCAACGACAAAAGUCUCUCAUUAUUGUAAAUGCCGUGGAUUUGGUACUGAAGUUUGUUCUCGCAGCUGUUUACAUUUUUCAACAAAAACAUAACGAAAUUCCAGUGAAUGCCAUCAUCUGGUCUGUUUGUUGUGUUCUUGCCAAUUUGGGAAUUUGCAUGUUGGGCUUGUGGAGAUGUUUUGCCAACAAUUAUCUUCAUUGGGCUGCUACCUGUACGUGGUUGCUGCUUAAUCUGCAAGGAUUUGUUGGAGAAGGGAUCGGAUUUGCAGUUCGCGAAUAUUUGGUUUGGUAUAUUUUGUUCACUCUCUUCGUGCCAUACGCGAUGCUUCCACUUCCACUUAAAUGGUGCAUGAUUGGAGGCACGAUAACCGCCGUCACUCACAUCAUCAUCACAACACUCGCCAAAUUUGAACAAACACGACGUGAAGAUGCUUACAUCGAUGCAUCAUGUGUCGUAAAGCAAAUGGUCGCGAAUACGAUGCUCUAUGUUGCCAUCAAUUUUGCCGGAAUGUACACAAAAUAUUUGACAGAUCGAGGCCAACGUUUAGCAUUCAUCGAGACGCACAAAGCAAUGGAACAUAAAAAGGAAUCCGAGAAAGAAUAUCAGAAGACGCAAAGACUUUUAGACUCGAUUCUUCCAAUGUUUGUCAAUAAUGACAUUCGAAAAGAAAUGUAUAAAACGCCCAACGAGGGUGACACACAAUUCAAGAAACUUUACAUUUAUCACAUGGAUAACGUUAGCAUUCUCUUUGCCGAUAUAAAGGGAUUUACGCAGCUCGCAAGCACCACGUCUGCUCAACAGCUUGUGAAAAUUUUAAACGAUUUGUUUGCUAGAUUUGAUAAAAUUGCUGAGCAAAGUUGGAAGUCAAGGCCAGAUCACGCCAUUUGUAGUGUUGAAGCGGGCUUACAUAUGAUAAAAGCAAUCAAAGAUGUAAGAAGCACAACAAAUGUUGAAGAUCUUGACAUGAGAAUUGGCAUCCACAGUGGGAGUGUCAUGUGCGGUGUUCUCGGUGACAAGAAAUGGCAUUUUGACGUUUGGUCUAAUGAUGUCAUCAUUGCUAAUCAUAUGGAAAGUGGUGGAAUUCCAGGACGUGUUCACAUCUCCGAAGCAACAUUGAAAUGCUUAAACGGAGCUUAUGAUGUUGAGCCUGGCGAUGGCGAAUCUAGAGAUAAUCAUUUGAAGAUGAUGAACAUUAAAACUUACUUAAUAACACGAACAGAACCAUUGAGAACAAAAAAAGGAAAACUCGUUCAUCGAGAUUCACAACAAAUCAGAAGACAAUCCAGUGAAAACAAGGAUGGAUUACUUAUGAAGCAACCAUCUCGAACUACCAUGAAAGAAGAAGAACAAACGAAUUGGACACCAGAAAUUCCAUUUCAAAAUCUUAAGGAAAAAGUUUUAACUCCCGAAGCUGCUGAUAAUACCGAAGAAACCGACUCACUUUCAGCAAUACCCGAAGAAGUUGUCGAUGAAAUUAUUGAUCAGAAUAUUCAGAUAAAUUCAAACAAACAAAUGCGAGAAGAAUAUUUGAAUACAUGGACUUUAAGGUUCAAAGAACCACUCCAAGAAGUCUGCUUUUGUCAACUCAAAGAAGAUAUGUUUCGAUCAAAUAUGAUGUGCAUGUUCAUCGUUUGGAUAUUCAUUGUGAUUUGUCAAUUUGUGAUAAUUCCAAGUAAUGAGUUUCUGAGUGCAUCCCUGUUAGUGACAACAGCCAUAAUCUCAGCUGGUUGUAUUCUGGUUAUGGCUGAGGAGUAUCCUGGUUUACCAAGGUUCUUGAAGGAAUUUUCUGCGGAGUUGACCCUUGAUCGAAGCAGAAGAACAUUGAUUGCUUGUGCUACUAUAGUUCUCAUGUCAGCUGCAAGUUCUAUGGGAAUGACUGCUUUCAACUCUGAGAAUUUUCGCUCUUCUAUUGCGAACUUUGAAGAAUCUUUGAACAGAUCAAAUACGUCAGUUGAUUCAUUGCUAUGUGAACAGCCAAAGUAUGUUGUAUUCACAUGGGUGCUUUGUCUCACUGCCCUUGCAGCAGCUCUCAAGCUCUACUAUUUAGUGAAAACCUUCAUGGCAAUCGCACUUGUCACCGUCUUCUGCAUACUCAUUCUUUUCGUUUAUCCUGACGUCUUCGACUUUUACACUGAUAGUUUAGAUCUAAUGGGAGUAUCGUUGUCAAUUCAAAUGGUUAUACUUCUUGGUGCAUUCCUAACCAUGGUAAUUCAUCACGCGAGGCUUGUGGAAGUGACAGCUCGCUUGGAUUUCAUUUGGAAGGAAGAAGCUGAACGUGAACUCUCAAAUAUGAAAUCAAACCGUCACCUUAACGAUUUACUUAUCAAAAACAUUCUUCCCGAGCACGUUGCAUCUUAUUAUCUUUCACAUGAGAUGUCUGACGACAUUUAUUCAAAGAGUCACGAUAUGUGUGGUGUCAUGUUUGCAAGCAUUCCAAACUUUCAAGAUUUUUAUUCCGAAGACAUGGAGAAUGGAAAAGCUUGCAUUCGAGUUUUAAAUGAGAUUAUUUGCGACUUUGAUGCACUUCUCGAUGAGCCGAGAUUCAUGGCAGUUGAGAAAAUCAAAACUGUUGGACAAACUUAUAUGGCAGCAUCGGGACUCAAUCCAAAACAUCGAGCUGAACUUGGUGGCACAGAUGAAGACAGUGUUUGUGAAAUUGUAGAAUUUGCUAUAGCAAUGCGUCAAAAGCUUCAAGAAGUAAACAUGGAUGCUUUCAAUACGUUUCAAUUACGUGUUGGAAUAUCAUCAGGGCCACUUAUAAGUGGCGUUAUUGGAGCGAGAAAACCAAUUUUUGAUAUAUGGGGAAACACGGUGAAUGUGGCAUCACGAAUGGAUUCGACAGGGGAAAACUGGAAGAUUCAAGUACCUGAGCAGACAGCAAUUCUUUUGCGUACCAAAGGUUACACUUGUGUUGCUCGUGGUGAGAUAAAUGUAAAAGGCAAAGGAAUUAUGUUUACUUAUUGGGUGCUGGGAAAGAACGAAUCUGCAAGUCGAUUAGGAUCUCCUACAAUUUGUCCUGCUGGCAUUCCUAUGGCACGAGCUCAGUCACCAGUUUCAUUGCAGCGACAGCAUUCGAGUCAUAGUUCAUUAGCAGCUGUUGUUUAUGGAAUGAUUCAAGUGACACAACAAGGACCAUCAACUCGUGGCUGGAAAAUUGUUCGCAAAUACACGCUGUCGAACACAUUGGCGUAU